AUGUCGUCACAAGCCCUCAGACGGAGUUACUAUUAUCUGCAGGAUCGAUCAAAGGAUCAUGAGGAGCUAAUUGAGCUUCUGAAAAACCUGCCGGACCAAGAGGCUCAGUUUGUCCUACAAAAGCUCAGAUCCGGCUCUAGCAUCUCAGCAAUUCUCAACCAAGUCAAGGCUGGGGACCUCCUGCUUCAGCUGUCUGUUUCUCCUGAGACUCGAUUUCGAUACGAAUUCCCCUAUCAAUUGGAAAUGCCCGGAGACAUUGUCAUAGACAAUCCGUACCUAGACUCGUUGAUAUACGAGGCCGCAUCACUAUACUCCUCAUCUCAGUGCCCGAAGCCUUCAGGGCACACCAAAACUGGCGGAAUAACCAAUUUGAAAUCCCCUGAGUAUAGAAGUCUCUACCUGAAGCCAUUUCAUGCAGCACAAGUUAUUGAACCUCGACUCUCUGACGCGAGACCAUCAUUGUGGACCACUAUUUGCGAUGAUGAUAUGCUCAUGCGAGAUCUUCUCGGGGUGUUCUUCCGUUGCGAAUUUCACCACGCUGCGGUAUUCCAGAAAGACUACUUCUUAGAAGACAUGGCUGCACGACGAGAGGACUUCUGUUCAUCACUGCUCGUCAACUGCUGCUACUCACGGUUCGAGAACCGCGCCGAGUAUUGGAAUCCGAACACGCUGAUGUAUCGCUUCCUUGCCGAGGCCAAGCGCAUCUGGGAGCUGGAAGCUACCAAGGCACGCAUUACAACAAUACAAGCUGGCAUAGUCUUCAAUGUUAUACACAACCUCUGUGGCCUGGACGAGAUUGGCCAGGCGUAUCGAGUUCAAGCCCUUGCCCUGGCUCACAAACUUCAGCUCUUCGACGGCACCAUAGAUGGAGACGGACAAAGCGACAGAACACGGAACGGCAGGGCCUACGCUGCAUGGGCGUUGUACAAUUGGGAAACGCUUUGCGGCUUCUCCUUUAUGUAUCCUCCUCUGCUCAGGAAACCUCCCGACCAGCCACUACCAGAUCCAUCGGAAGACGCAGAAUGGUAUGGUGAAAUUUGGGUCAAUUACCCAGCAAACCAGAACCUGUCGCCGUCAUACUUUGGUCAAAUAUUCAAAGCGAGAUCUGAGUUUCGGGUUAUCAUGAAUGAGGCCUGCCAUAUUGCGUACACAAAAGGCCCAAAAAUGACGCUAGACAAGGCCGGCGAACUUUGCUCGCGGUUGAGAAGCUGGCAUGACGGCUUACCAGGGCCGCUUCUGCCAAAGGCGAUUGUACUUCCUGGGCACUUGCAACUGCACAUGUACUACCACAAUCUUAUCCUUGCCAUUUAUGAACCAUUACUCGACUUAAAAACAGAUCAGAAUCAAGAAGACUCUCUGCGGCAGAUCGUCAGCGAUGCCAGUAAAUGUCUCCUUACCCUCGUCCGACUAUACUAUUUGCGCCACGGAUAUGAUGCUAUGGAUUCGUUUCUCGUCGUACCGCUCGUGCUUGCCGGAUUCAAGUGUAUCGACGCCAUUAACGACCAAACGCCUGAGCCCAAGCUCAAAGACUUACGAUCCACUCUUAUUCUAAUUGCCAAGGGGUUGUACAGUCAGCGCCACAACUAUUAUCUGGCGGAGGCGGUGUAUCGGGUCGUCCGGGGGCGAAUGCGCCCUCAAGAAGUUACUCUGCUGCAUGAGACGAUGAAUAUUGAUGACGGCAAGACGGCUGGGAGACAGGCCAUGAUGCAGACCGUGCGAAGCCACUGGCCAGUCAGCAUCGUCGGAAAGGACGAGGAUGUCGAUUCUUACGUGCUCACGAAUCUCGUGAAUAAUUAUGCUCAUUUGAACAUAGAAGAAAUGCCUGAGACGUCGGGGAGCUCGAAGCGAGCUCGAGACAGCUUACCGGAACUUGGUCAAGAUUGA